AUGUCUUCAGGUAACGAAGUUCUUUCCUCUCCUGCCGAUAGUCAAGGCCUUCCUACUAUUGAGCCUAAUAAGAAUGCCAACUACAGAAACCCUUCGUACACCAGACCGCGAGUCGCUGGUCUUUCUGAUGACCUCCGUAACCAUUUGAUUGCUGUCAUUGGUGAGUUUGUUGGUACUUUCAUGUUCUUGUUCUUUGCUUAUGUCAUUGCACAAAUCGCCAACUCCGAUAAGCGUCUCGAUAAGGAGGGAUCCAAUCCUUCUCAAUUGAUCAUGAUCUCGUUUGGUUUCGGUUUCUCUGUCAUGUGUCAAGUGUUUGUUUUCUACAGAAUCUCUGGUGGUCAAUUGAACCCUGCUGUUACUUUGUCUCUUGCUCUUGUUCGUGCCAUUACUCCUCUUCGUGCCAUUCUCCUUGUUCCUACCCAGUUGAUUGCCGGUAUUGCUGCUGCCGCUGCUGCCAGUGCCAUUACUCCUGGUCCCGUUCUUUUUGCCAACUCUCUUGGUGGAGGAGAAUCGAGAUCUAGAGGUGUUUUCCUUGAGAUGUUCGCUACUGCUUUGUUGACCCAAGUUGUUCUUUUCUUGGCCGUUGAGAAGCACAGAGCUACUUUCAUGGCCCCUAUGGUCAUUGGAUUUGCUCUUUUCUUGGGACACUUGUUGUGCGUCUACUACACCGGUGCCGGUAUCAACCCUGCCCGUUCGUUCGGUCCCAACGUCGUCAUGGGCUCUUUCCCCGACUACCACUGGAUCUACUGGGUCGGUCCUAUUCUGGGUUCGUUCUUGUCUGCUGGUCUUCACUACAUGUUGAAGUUCCUUAACUACGAGACCGCCAACCCUGGCCAAGACUCCGACUUCUAA